AUGUUUGAAUUGGAAAAAACACUGUCACAAGACUUACAAAAGGAUAAACAAUGGUCAGGCAAAUUGGACACAAAAUGGAAAGGACCAUUCAUAAUCAAGGAGAGACUUAGUAAAAAAAGUUAUAUCCUAAAUAAUCAAUUUGGACAACAAGUAAAGGAACCAAUAUAUUCUGAUAGAUUAAAAUUAUAUAAAGAUAAAACAUUGUAG